GGGCAGACAGGGCUGGGAGCAGCCCCCGGUUAAGUAGCAGAUUGUGUGGAGACUCUCCCCACUUGGAAAGAGGCUCGCCGGCGCGUCUGGGAAACAAAAACCCGCGGAGCUCUCCGUCUCCAACACCGGACCACCUCAUACUCCCUUUUCUCAGGUUGGAGGUCAACGAAGAGACUUAAACCUGUUUUUUAUUUUUCAAUCUUGAACCACACCAAAGAAAUUCAACCGUCUCCCCUUUAGGUCAGUCCUGCAUGAUGUUUUUUUUAUUUUUGCAGUGUGGCAAACAUUAACUCUGUUCCAGGCAUUAAUAUCACAUAGACUGCAUUUUUUAUUGCAUUUCUUAAAACUAUGUGUAUCUCCACAUUGCAAACCUUUGUGAUCUUUGUCAUAUUCCAUCCAAUUUGCACCGGAAUAUAUCCAGAUACCUGUGGACUACCUCUUUGGAGUUCUGUGCGUAAUUGCGCACGGCACCAGGAUUUUAACGUCGAUAAAUGUGGACUGUGGAAAUAUUGCAUCUCCUGUAUACCGGUGAUAUGUCAUCUGCAGGGAUUUUAAUUUCUAAAGCGGACGUUUUGCGGUUUACAUCGGCUGAAUUUAGUACACUUUGUUUGUUUAUAGGCGUUGAAAUUAAAUUAUGGAAUUAUUUUACCCUUUCUCAUAGUAUCUGCUCUGUAAUGGUUUUUGGCUGAGUGGAGAGAAGUUUUGAUGUGCGCAUAUUCUUCUUGUAAAAUUCCUGUCCUGAAAGCUGCGUUUUGUGCCUUUAAAUCAAUUACUGAUUCUGGUUAUUAAUUAAAAUGAUAAAAGUGAGCUGUAGAACAGAAUAAUUAAUGCAGUUGUAAAAGGUUUGCUUUGAUAGAGCUCUGAUAUUUCUGAUAGAGUUGCUCAAAGGUCUUGUGAAACCCUUGGGCUGGUGUAGGGCUGCUGCUGCUAAUCUUGAUUAAAACCGCCUUUUUGGUGUCCUUCGCAGUUUCAUUCAUGUGCUGUUGAGCCAGAGGAAGCUGAAGAUGAAGAGCAGGCUGUCUCUGGCUGCGGCUGCCCUCCUGGCACUGCUACUGUACUCCUCUCAGGCCCAGAGUCAAGGUAAAGCUGCUCCUCCUCCUGCCUGUGAUCCCUCAUAUUUGUCACUUUCUCCUCUUAUCUCUGCAUUCUCUCUGCCUCUAAUAUUAAGCUUUAAAUAUUUAGCCUCAAUAAAAACAUCUUACAAAGAAAGCCAAUGGGUCUGUGAAUUGUUUUGUUUAAACUGAUUUGCCUUUUCAGCUUCUGUUUGACCUUUUUUUCCAUCCAAAUAAUUCCAGUUUCUUUCAGGAAUUUGCAAGAUGUCCUGUAGAGAAAAAAACAGUCUCGACUUCAAAUAUCUGGUUUUAAUUUGUUGAUAGGAGCUUUUUCUUCCAACCAGAAGCAGUUGUGAAGUGGUGAAAACCGUGGGUGUAACUAGUUAAGAGACAAAAUAGCUUAGACUUGUCUAGAACCGAAAAAUCUGGCCUCAAAUUGAUGAAAACACAACAAGUAUAGAGAAAAUCAAGUUUUUUAUACAAAAAAUUGACUAAUUUUGGCCCUUUGCCAAAAAUACAUGAAAACAAUCCAACAAUUUGGGGCCUUAAAUGAGCCAUACAUUCAUGUCUAACUUUAAAGACAAAAAACUGCACAAAAAAUUCUGUCUUGUGAAAAAGAAGAAAAGAAAAUGAUGCACUUACAUCAAUCAUUAGCUGCUUUCCAUGUGAGGCUGUAAAGCUUAAAUAACCUGGAAUCCCUCCAUCCUCACACAGAUGUAGUCGUCUUUUAUUCCACAAGCAAGAGUCCUUACCUAAAACCAUCCAGUUUUACCGCAGACUCCAUUUCUCCAGUUUCAAAAAAGAAAAAAAAAUGAAAAAACAGGCAGCACCUGGCAAAGUUUCCUCCCUACGUCCUUUCUCCUGGUGGAACGGAAAGACAAGGACAAGAGACAGUGAUUUCAAAAAAGUUUAAAAAAUUCAUUAGUCAAAAUCAUUAAAAUAAGCAGAAACAACUCAACAGUGGUAUGAGAGCCUGUCAAAGAAAGAAAACAGGACAGGGCUUGGGCUUACCACAACAGCUGUAACAAAAAGGGGAAAGGAUCUAACAACUACACUACACCCGUGAACCAAAUGUGAAAAUAGGAACCACCACCUGGGGACCGCUGCCGCUCAGGGCCGCAGUACCUGUCAAAGGAAAACAAACACACAAUUAAAAUCAGGCCAUAAUGAAAACCCUCACACCACUGUAAAGAAACCGCAGAAGACGUCGGAUAUAGACGAUUUCUGCCGACUUUGCAAAGUCAACUGCAGAAUUAACGGCGUUCUGAAUGAACGGCGCUUUGAAAAGUCCCGCAGCAUGUGUUAGACGUCACCAUCUACACAUGGACCAAUCAGGGGCUGCCUUUCCCUGUUUUCCGGGUAACAGUGGAAGCACGGUCUCUGAUUGGCCCGGUUAUUUUCUGAUCGGGAAUACACGCUCCCAAUGGGCCGAAGUCCAGACUGUUGUGGGAAGGAACGUCAAGUGAUUGACGCAACAGGAUGGCCCAGCCAGGCUAAUGCUGAUGUGCCAAAGGAUGAAGUAUCUCCUUGUUUGUGAAACCUAUACUGAAGCACAGUUCCUUUAAAUGCUUCAUGGCCCUAAUUUUAACAUGUCUCUUUUGAAAUAACAGGUAACUCGUAAAUUCACGACUUUAAUCUCAAAGUCUUUUAAAAGAUUCUCAAUAUGCCCCUCAUACUCCUUGAUACAAAUCAUCCAAUCAUUGGAUGAAUUUUGUGGAAAUGAUCUGUGCUUACAUGUAUCUAUUGUUUUGUGUCUUUUGGACUCAACCAGGAAGUCCUCCGAAGGGUAGACCGUCCCAAUUCACAAAAGCCGAACCAUCUCACCCAGGGUACUCAAGUCCAUGUCAGGGCAGUGCAUGCAGCCUGUGAAUUGAGACAUAACCAAUGUGAUUCUAGAAAAACAAAAAUCAAUCGAAACUGUUGUUGGUUUACGCAGCACACUGGUAAACUCACCCCCACAGUCACAAAGUCAGAGCCAGAUAUUUAUUUGUUGAGACUCGUACUCAGAGACAUCGCUCCAGCAGUGGUCGGCAGAGUAUUAGAUGCCUUUUAAAGCUGCCUGAGUUUAUAACAUCUGUUUUUAUUAAUGAAUGUUGGAGGGACAUGAGCAUGCUGUUUACCAACGGGUAAACACUCAGCACUGGCCCGUUUGUGUUGUCCUAGAAAAGAGGAAGAGUAGAUUUUCAUCCCUACAGGUACCCAGGAAUGUGCAGUAACUUUGUGGGAUAGCGGGCCUUGUAUAUCACAGAGGCAGACCUGCUGCCUUGAAGAAGACCACAGGGCUGACUCUCUGCUGGACAUUAAAACCAAUCCAGAAAUGACAGCUGUUACACAAUGUGUUAGGAGUGGGAAUUAUUUGUGUUACCUAAUACUCUGUAAAACAUUCUGCUGUAUAAACAGAAUAAAUCAGUUGUGAUUGUGACAUUUUUUUGAUGUAAUCUUCUUCUCCUUUCUCCUCUGAUGUAUCCACUACAUUUCUUCUUACUUUUUUCACCCUUCUCCACAAACAUUUGUCUCAUAUUUCUCAUAUAAAACUUCACAGAUACUCAGAAUGGCGUUCAGUGGUGUGUCUCUCUUCUUACCUCCUUGUUGUCUCCCUGCAGACACUCAGUGUUGGACUCCAGCUAAGGCCGACAUCGUGCUGCUGGUCGAUGGCUCCUGGAGUAUCGGCCGCCUCAACUUCAAGACCAUCCGCAACUUCAUCUUUCGCAUAGUCAGCGCGUUUAUCAUCGGCCCUGACAGAGUCCAGAUAGGUAUUUUACUGCUCAAACUACACAGUUGGAAAUGAGAAAAACCUAUGCAGUCUUUGUGCUGUUGUGUGAUCAUAAUUCAAUACAAUAAAAUGAUUAAAUAUUUGACUACAUUUAUACAUAACUUUGUCUGAAAAUAGCUGAUGAGAAAGUCAACUAUUGUUUCACGUUUUAUAAAACAUAAGGGCGCAAAUGUAGAAAAAAAGUAGCUUAAUUCACUGAAGUUUUUUCUUUUUUUUUUCUUUUUUUUACAUUUCAUCCAAUUGUGACACACGAGAGACUCAUACUCGAACUCUGUGCUUGAAGUGCAGUAGAUGAAGGCUAAGACAACUUUUUUCACACAUACACCCAUGAAACACAGUAAAUACAGGAUUACUAUUGUUUUUUUUUUACCUUUAUUUUGUGCUUUCCUCAGGUCUGGCUCAGUACAGUGGCGACCCCAAGACUGAGUGGCACCUGAAUGCCCACCCGACCAUGGAGUCCCUGCUGGACUCUAUCGCUAGUCUGCCAUACAAAGGAGGCAACACCAUGACAGGUGAUUGUAGAGCACUUUGUUUGAUGCACAUGGAGUUGAAAUGAUAUGUUAUGUGUACCAUUUUAGCUCAUUGGCCAAAGUGGCUAUUUCUCAAAAAGUAACAACAAAAAGUAAUAUCGUAAGUUAUCACAUACAGAAACUCUCAGAGCAUUAGCAGAAAAGACUUAUUAAUUGCACAUAUAUACGCUGUCCUGGGAUGUUUUUAAAUUAAACGCAAUAGUGCAAUAAAUGUGAGUCAUGUUUGGUGUUUGUUUGUAGCCUCAGAUUAGUCAGGUUUAAGUUAGAAUUACACAAAAAAAAGAAUAAAUAAAUAAACUGGAAGGAUUUGCAGUCUGAAUACUGUUAUAAACUGACCUCCUGUCAUACAGGUUUGGCCCUGAGUUACAUCCUGCAGAACAACUUCAAACCAGAAGUAGGACUGAGAGAAAACGCCCGCAAAAUUGGUGUCCUGAUCACUGAUGGAAAGUCCCAGGAUGAAAUCAUCUUGAAGUCUAAGAGCCUGAGGGACGCUGGCAUUGAGCUGUACGCCAUUGGUGAGCAAAUUUGAUGUAUUAUCGUCAAACCAGCAGUCCAGGUCUUUUUUGUUAAAGCCCAAUGACAUGAAAACUCUCACAUUACUCUAAUAAUGAAGGAACAUGAUACUGAAUUUCAAAAGUGUAAAAUUUUUCCUCUCUUUUGGGCAGUUAUAAAUGUUGAUUAAUUAGUAUAAUCUCAUCAGGCACAUUUUGCACAGAAAAUGACACAGAAAGGCUUGAAAAUAAGUUAAUCCAUCCAUAAUUGUUGUUGGGCUUUUGGAAAGGGUAAACAAUGUACUCAAUUUACUUUUGUCCGAAAUAUACAUGAUUUGAUAAAUGCAUGUUUAUUGUAAAUCAUUCGAGCCUUGAAAAGUGUGAUUUGGAAGGUAGAACCUUUCUAACUAGAUAUCAACGGUAUAGACUUCUUUACUGAUGGUAUUUUUUGCUCCCAGGUGUGAAGGAUGCUGAUGAGAAUGAGUUGAGGGCUAUCGCCACAGACCCCGAUGAAAUUCACAUGUACAACAUCAAGGACUUCCAGUUCCUGGUGGACAUUGUUGAAGACCUCACUGUCAACCUGUGUAACAGCAUCAAAGGUCCAGGUAAGAGGGGAAGCUCAUGUCCAAUCAUCACACCUUUACCUCUGAUAUCAGACUGAGAAGAGCAGAAAUUAUAACUUAUUGUAUAAAAAUGAUUAAUCUCUCUGAUAAAAAUGAUCCUGGUUGAAUGAAAAUGUUGCAGAUUUAAUAUUAUUUCAUAAAUCUUUUCCUGGAAUAUUAAACUUUUAUUGUUUGGAUAAAUUGUUUCAUAUUUGCUUCCCAAAUUUAGCUCUGUUGCUGCUUCUUUCAGAUGUAAUUCCAUAUUUUUCUUUGAAUACAGCUGAGUCAUAUUGACAUCUUUCCUGUAGUCAACAUGAUGGAGGUCAGAUUACAACUGAAGUCUAACUGUCCUGGAAUUCCUUAAAACCUUUCCAAGAAUUUGAGAUUGACAAGCAUAAAUUUAAAAACAAUACUGCAGCCUCUCAGUUGGUUUUUGAAAGAUAAAGCUUAAAAUGAUUUACAAGGAGAAAGUACAAGUUAUGCCUUUGAAAUCCUUUCCUAAAAGCGAAGAGGUCAAAUUUUAACAAUCAAUUCUGCUCUUGCAAACAAAAUGUAACCCAAUAAAUUUGACUUGCUCCUGCCUGAAAAUCUGUAUAAUUUCUGACCAUCAGGGAGGUUUGAGCACAGAUCGGAGCAUCUGAUGGAAACGUUGACUUUGAAAUUGUUUUGCCUGUAAAUCAUCUUUAAGAGGAAAUACAAAUAUGAUUAACAGCACACAGGAGAAAAACAUGACGAGGGCAGAUUUGUGGCGGCAGGGUUCAGGGUAUGAAAUACUCAACAUGUCAGAUCUCAUUCUAGCUCGUGUUUUUUUCUUUCAAGUAGGAGAAGAAGUGAAGGCACCAACCAACCUGGUGACCUCAGAGGUGACCCAUCACUCCUUCCGCGCCACCUGGACAGCACCCAGCGGCCAUGUCGAUGAGUAUCGAGUCACCUAUGUGGCUGUGACCGGAGGACCCGUUCAGGAGGUGAGCUCCAGCUUCUGUUAAUCCAACUCAUCCUCUGUUUGAGCCAUCAGUAGCAGAACUCACAACCUGAACCACUGACUUUUUUAUUUAAAAAAUGGAUGACAUGUCUCUGCCUUGUCAACUGGCUCUUACAUCUUAUACUGGCAGUAAUGUGGCGGCAGUGUCUGCCCAAAAGCACUUUGGUUGGUAGUGUUGAUGUCCCACGUUUUCUCCCUGGAGCGGCUGAUUCUACGCCUUCUGAGGUCUGAGGUCAAAAACAAACUGGAUUUUCUGCAGUUUGCAUACAAAGAACACAGUGGAGUGGAGGCUUAGGCUUUAGAAUAAGGCUUUAAAUCUAUAAAAGUGUUAGUAUUGUCCCCUGUUGUUAAAUAAUAAUCUGUCAUUACUCUUUCCAGUUGCUGGUUGGUGGCUUUGAGACUACAACAGGUCUGGAGGGCCUGACUCCUCUGACCGAGUAUGUGGUCAGUGUUUACUCAGUGGUUGGUGAGAUGAGCAGCGAGCCUUUGAAUGGCACAGAGACCACCUGUAAGUCUGUUUUCUUUGCACUUCUUCAUUUUUCUCCUUUUUUUUCUGUAGAAAUCCAUGUUUUACUCUGCUCACUUUCCUGUUACAUACACAGUGAUGUAACAUUCACUUAUUGUUUAUUCAUAGUGCAAAUCUGAUGCAUUGUCCUUUAGAAUAAAGUAUAUUCAACAUCGAGUCUUAGCCGAAAAACUGCUUCAUUCAAACUAUGACCCAUGAUGCAGUGCUGUGAGCUAAUACAAGUGUGUGCAAUGGGUGAAACUGAAACUGAGUCUUUUGUUGUCGUAUACUUAGAUGACAUCAGCAACCACUAGAUGACUGUGGCUUUUUCUAAACUAACACUGAGUUAGAUCAUGGUUCCUCUUGAAGCACACUGCAGUCUGAUACACAUGCUCAGACUCAAAUGGUCCAACACACACAGUAUAAAGUCAGUUUGGGCAUCAAACCAUGUUUUGCAAAGUGACUUGGCGCUUGAUCCAUACACAGAGGUUUGAUGAAGCUCGUCGUUGUUCAUAGUACUACUGAUUCUUGCAGCUGGAUUACAUGGCUGUAUUUUGCGUCACUGCUUAAUGAAGGUGACAUGGUCAGUGGCACUAAAUGUAAUGUUGGGGAUUGUGAAAAAAAUUACAAAAACAAGCUUAGUUGUGUUUGAGAGAGUGUGUUAUUUCUACACGUAUUCAAGGGCAUGCAUGAGGUGAUAGAGAGCUGGAGUGGCCACUCAGGUUGUAGUUUUCAUCUGUCUGGGGUUGAGUUGAAGUAGGUGUGUCAGGAAAUUGUAAUAAUGGUGUCCUUGUCAUCUGGCAUCCCGAGAUGUGCCCCAUAUGGAAAGCAGCAGACAAAAAUAUCUCUAAAAAUCGCCAUAUUUUAUCAUAAGUGAGAGUAUUACUUCCCAUCUUACGGUCUUAGUGCACCCGUAAGUAUCAGGUAAGCACUGAGCCACUGACUUUAGACGUAAGUCCAGGUUUUAAGGUGCAGACAUUUCCUGCAUCCCCACAAUAGCGGUGUGCCCUCCUUACUCCAGACCACACCUAUUGGUGUUAACGUGGAUGCAAGAUUCCUGGAAAUUCAGUAGGACUGCUCAAUUAUGGCAAAAACCACAAUCACAAAAAAAAAGAAAAAAGAAAAAUAGGCCUCUUUUUGUGUCACCACAUUUAUAUGCAGAUACAUAACUAGACUUUUUGGAGGUACAGUUUUCUGCUCUUGCUUAUUUGAUCACUUCCCUACAUGUAAAUGUAUAACUAGUCCAAAGAGAUUCUUUGGUCGUACUUUGAUCAGAAACAGUCUGCAUUCUUCCUCAGAAGCUUCAGAGCAGGAAGAGCAAACCACUAUGAAUCAGCUGACAGAUGUCACAAUAACAUCAGGUUGGGGUUAAAACAUGUUAAAAUUCAAAAAAGAAAAAAAAACACCGGUCUAGUUCUAAGAAAUAUUUAAGAUAAAUUUGUCUCUAAUUUAGACUUUAUACAGCCCUUACUGUUUGCGUCUCUGAGUUUGGGUUUUGAAAAUAUCUAAAUUUUAAGUUUGAGCCUGACAAAUUAGGUUGAUUUGUUUAGCAGUUUAAGCCAGCUGUUUGAAAGGAAUUAUUUAUGAUACAAGAAUGCAGAGCUGUCAAAGAAAUGAUGUUAAAACCAUCAAAGGGGUAAAAAAAAAAGACCAAAACUACUUGGAUAACACUAUUUUUUACUUUCAGUUUGUUGCUGAAAACAAACUAUAAAUUGGUGUAUGAGCCCAUACAAAUCCUCAGUGUUCUCUAUUCAAUCAAACCCACAUGUAUAAAAACCCUAAGAAAAUAUUUAAAAACCAGAAGCCUUCAUGAGACAUGUGAUACCAAAAACUCUGCACGUCAAAAGCCAAAACUUUACGACAUUUUUGAGAAAUCCAGAUUUUUGAAAUAUGACUUUAACACCACACACCUGUUUGUAUCAUUAUCCCAUUUUCUUUUGCCAAAGCCUCCUCCAAAAAAUAAGAAAACAUCCUUCAUGACUCACACAUUCAGACAUUUGUUCUAAAUAAUCUGCUUUUGUUCAUCCUUCAAAUCUUUCAGGUACUAUCAGGAUUUCCAUUUUUAAAAUCCAAACAGCUGAUUUGGUGUAAAUACACUCUUAAAUCAGAAAAAGAUUUUGAUUUAGCCGCUCCCUGACCUUGCAGUGUGUUUUGUCCCCUCAAUGCUGCUGUCAGCUGCGACAAACAUGGUUGUUUACGAUGAGACUUCAACCACCAUGAGGGUAAGAUGGGAGAAGGCUGACGAUGCCACAGGCUACAUGCUGCUGUACAAAUCCAUCAACGCUACAGAGCCCCAGCUGGAGAGGGAGGUAAGUAACUGCAUCUUUAAAUAUGACCUGUGUGAAUGUGUUUUCGAUCAGUAUAGCAUUUUAAGAAUCCUGCACACAUCUACCUGCACACAUCUACCUAUUUAUUUAUCAAUAAUUCAGAAAUCCUGCUAUGUCUCCUCCAGUAAAUGACAAACAAACCAAGAAGAAGCUGUUUUGACCCGUUGAUUAAGCUGAUGAUAGUUUUUUGGAGACAAAGCUGAGAAAGUUUGCCUUGUAAGAAGUAAUCUGGUGUUGAUUGCUUAUUUCUUUCAAAUUUAAGCACAUACUUAAAAUAAUGAAUUUAUUUCAUGUUCAUUCAUACCUAUAAAGCAAGCCUUGUGUUUACAGUUAUACAACUAAAUAAGUGAAUCACUAACUCACUAACUAAUUAACUCUUUACCUCUUUUUAUAAACCAAUGAACUUACAAUUUGACCAACUCACUUACAAACAAGGAAGGUGACAGAAGUGACCAACACUCUAAGUGUAUGCAAGUCAAACUCACCAACAAACAAAUUAACUAACUAACUGUCUUGAUAAACCUUUUUUACUUCCGGUAUGAUACCGAUAUUUGAGCUUUCAAAAUUGAUCCCAUAUUGGCACUAACUUGUGCAUGAGAAGUUUUGCACUCUUCUGCAACAUCUUUUUUUGGACUUUGACGGAAAAUACUGUCAAACAGCUGACAUCACUUCUACUCCUCGGAUUGAUAUCCGAUAUCAAUAUCCUAUAACAAUCCUAAAGUGAACUAACUUACAGGCUGACCGACUAAAAUUUAUGCAGGACUGCAAGAAAAGAUUAGCUUAUGGUGUUAAGUCAUCAGAACGAUAUAAACUGAGCAGAUGCUAUUCUGCUCUGUGGUGUGAAUCUACACGUGCAAUUACACAGCAAAGGUAAAUGUCUAAUUGUAUAUGAGGUGGUUUUUCCUGGAAACAUUUACAAGUGGGAAUGAGGACCUCUGAUUGAAGCAGUGAUUAUUUGAUUGAAGUGUGCCAUGAACACCACAUGGCCAUAAGUAUUUGGACACCCAACAACAAAACCAAAGGCUUUAAUGUGCAGCUUUAACGGUCCCCAUUCCUCAGGCUUUCCAUCAGAUUUUAAGACAUGGCCUCAAGGAAUGUUGUCCAUUUGGUCACGAGAGCGUUAUUGUUGUUGGGUGAACAGAUUCUUAGUUCUAAUGUUUGGAUCAGUUACAGCUUAAAUCUUAACCUGAGCUCUAAGUAGCACUUACAAUGUGACACAAACUUUAGUUCAAUCCAAUCAGAGAAACAUCAAUCUCUUUAAAAUGAACUGAGUAACCCUGGACCACCUCACCUGCUUUUCCCUCUCUCUCUGUCUCUCUCCAUCUAUUCCUCUUCUUUCUCUCUUUCUCUCUCUGCAGGUAAGCGUUGGGGGUGACGUUACAAACGUCCUGCUGGAGAACCUGAUACCAAACACGGCCUACACCAUCAGACAGUACGCGCUGCACGGAGAGGCUGCCAGCCAACCUCUGGAGGAGAUAGGAGUCACAUGUGCUUCAUAUUCAUUUUCUUCUGUAACCCACAUUUCACACAUUUUGAAAUACGUUCAGAGGCAUGGUUUGCUUUGAAGCAGAAACAAAACUUUUUGGCUCUUUUUGCUGUUUGCUGUCUUUUGAAACCUUUUCUGAGAAAUAGAUCAACAGAAUGAAAAAGAAACAAACAAAUGAAUAAACAUUGCACAAUGGUCACAUCAUUGCAAGGUCAUCCUACUACACUGUAAACCUGGAUUAGUUAAUUCUACUGAAAAAUUUUGAGGCAAGUGAUUGCACUUAAAUGAUUUAAGUAAUGAGUGCGUCAAUUAAGUAAUUAAGUGAAAUCAACACAAAUACCAAAGGGAAUACAAUAGAUUAUUUGAGUUGAAUACACUGAAAGAAAAGUUAUUUGUAAUCAUAAUCUGUAUUAAAAUUCAUACCAAUUCAACUCACUAUUUUAAGUGACAAUAACUAGUUUUCUCACGUGCGUUUAGCUGUAUUUGGCUUUCAUUAAACUUAAAAUUUUAAGUUAUGCCAACUCAAAAAUGUAUUACACCAAAAGUUGUCAUUAAAUUUUAUUGACAUUAGCGAAAAACAUGAUGUAACAACAGCCACAAUAAACAUAAAAUAGAAAUUACGUAACAUUAAACGAUUAUAUCAUUUGAUGAUUUUGGGUCCCACUUUCUUCAAAGCAGAGGAUGCCUACUGGAAUGUCCAAGGAGUCUGCAUCAUGAAGAUCCUAUGAGUAACAAGAAAAUAAAAUGAGAUUUUCAUAACAAUUA